AUGGCGAAGUCAGAGCCCUCCAACAAAGCGCUGACCUCCACGCUCUUCUCGGACCUGGAGCCACGCCUCUCGGAGCCCGUCCUCGGAGCCCUGGAAGAGGGAGGCUUCCGCUUCUGCACGCCGGUCCAAGCCGCGGCGAUACCCUUGCUGUGCAGCUACAAGGACGUCGCCGUCGACGCCGCUACCGGGUCCGGGAAAACCCUAGCAUUCGUCGUCCCAGUCGUGGAGAUCCUGCGCCGGUCGUCUCUUCCGCCGAAACCGCACCAGGUAGGUCUAUACGAACCGAGGUAUACUUGUUUAGUUCGAAGCAUGUUGAACGUAGAGAGGAUGGAGGAUCAGCAAUUGUGGCUUUCAAUUACCGCAUUUCAUGUGAAACCUUGGAGAGACCUUGAGUGCGCGUGAUUUUCACUCGGUGUUCUUUUGUGUAGGUCAUGGGCUUGAUUAUCUCUCCGACAAGAGAGCUAUCGUCACAGAUAUAUCACGUUGCAAGACCUUUUAUCUCGACUUUAUCAGGCGUACAGACUCUGCUCCUUGUUGGAGGCGUAGAUAUAAAGGUGGAUAUGAAGAAAAUUGAGGAGGAAGGAGGAAAUGUAUUGAUUGGAACUCCUGGAAAGAUAUUUGACAUUAUGGAACGGAUUGACAUCUUAGAUUUCCGGAAUCUUGAGGUAUUCAAUUUUUUUAUUGGAAAAUGCUCACGCUAGUGGACAUAUUUUGAUGCUUAUCGUAUGAAUGGGUACGAUAAAUUGUUCUGAGAUUUGGAACAUCAGUUCAUGUGCUCUUCACCCCAAUUCUGUAACGUUAUCCAGUUUUGCUUAUCCAUUUACCUCUAUGGUACAGAUCUUGAUUUUAGAUGAGGCUGAUAGACUCUUGGACAUGGGGUUCCAGAAACAGCUCACAUCUAUUAUCUCUCGGUUGCCUAAGCUCCGCAGAACUGGACUUUUCUCCGCUACUCAGACAGAGGCCGUUGAAGAGCUUGCCCGAGCUGGAAUGAGAAACCCAGUGAGGGUUGAAGUUCUCACUGAAGCAAAACUCCAGACUACUGGAGUACAAGAAAUGGCUUCCUCCAGAACUCCUUCUGGCCUUCACAUUGAGGUACACAACAUCCUUGUUCGAGAUUGCAUGCGUUUUCCCAUCUUAAUGUAAUUAUUUGCAACUGCAAAGCUUUGUAUCCCGUCAACUCCACACCAUAUACUUUUUAGGAUUGUAGUGGUCUGUGUGAAUGCUGGGCUACUCUGAAGACACAAACCAUUCUAAUAUUAUUUUUAAAAAAAAACUAAUCUGAAGCUUUUCUCAAGUUGUUUCUGAUGUACCAUUUGACCAUUCUUUAUACUUUUACGAAUUUUUCUCCUCAUUAUUAGAUAAUCCCGUGUUUCAUAUCUCAAAAUUUAUCUACCUUGGAAUAUUUUCAUCUCAAGAGUAAUGCCUGUGAUUAAUGAAACCUGACAGAGAUCUGUAUGUUUCUUUGCCAUCCUGCAGUAUUUGGAAUGUGACGCUGAUAAGAAGUCUUCACAACUUGUCGAUUUUGUUGUCAAGAAUAUGUCAAAGAAGAUGAUCAUGUAUGUACAUUUUGAACUCAUAUUCUCAGUUUACAUCUUAUGAAUCAGGUCUUUGUAGAAGUUGUUCUUUUAUCAUCUUUUUAUUACAGCUACUUUAUGACGUGUGCUUGUGUUGAUUACUGGAGCGUCGUUUUGCCCAAAAUUUCGAUCCUCAAAGGAUGUUCCUUUACAUCCCUUCAUGGGAGGAUGAAGCAGGUAUGCUGAAGAACUGUCUGAGUUGUGAUUGUCUCUCUAGGAUGGAACAAUACUUGAAAUAUUUCUGGCCACGUAUACUAAACUCGUGUUCCAUCCAAUGUGAUAUUUUCCAGAUUGCUAGAGAGAAAGCAUUAGCAACAUUCACAACUCUUGAAAGUGGGGUCUUCUUGUGCACUGAUGUUGCCGCUAGGGGACUUGACAUUCCAGGUGUUGAUUGGAUUGUUCAGGCAGGUCUUUGUUUCAGUGAGCAUUAUGUUUGACUUAUUAUGAUUGGCACUGUCUUUUUGUGUUGCUGAAGUAUUGUGCAUAAUUAUCUCCCAUUAGAAGUGUGCCAAUUUAUAGCUAAUGUAUCUAGACUGAUGUUUCUUGACUUCUGGUUCUUGAGAGCUUUUCAAGAACAUUAGAAUUCGUACUUUUGAUUAUAUGAACUGAGAAUUUUGAAGCACAUGGUGAUCUGCAAUCCUGACUCGUAAUAUGCUUGAUUAAUAAAAUUAAUGUAGUCGUAGUGGAGUACAAGUUUUCAGCCAUAGGUUAGAUUGGUGAGUUAAGAAACAUGGAGUUGGAAAACUCAGAUCUAGGGUUAUAUACGAAACUCUGAGAGAUGCACUAUCUUUUUAGGUGAAAUUGUUUUAGAAUGUCUAAUUUACCAGUAAAGCAUAUUACACUAUUCGGAUGAUUUCCCUGCAAUUGUGUGUGAAAGCAUUCAUAAUUCAAAGUUCAUAGUCAUCUCAAUGCACUGUGAACUGGUGGUACAGUUGGUUGAUAGUAAAUAAUUAUCGGAGCAGAUAAAAAUAUUCAAGCACAGAAUUGCAUCAUUUAAGCAGGAGCCCUCCAGCAGUUGUUCUAUCCAACCUUCUAUCUAAGACAACUCAAAUGGUUUACAUUUAUGGUUGACAACACAAUCAAUAGAAUUGAGGCCGCCCAAAUGUGAUAAGAGCAACUUAGGGUUUGGAAACAGUUCAAUUUAAUCUAAUGAUUGGGAAACACUGAUUCUAAGAAUAAAUGGGGGACAGAAAGCAGGAAACUAGGAGGACAAAGAGGAGAUCUACUACCAGACCAACAGGUGGAGAGGUCAGCCUGUCAUUUAGUUCCCACCACCAUCUGGGAAGAAAGUGUAGUGGUCAGAACAAUCUAACAACAUGAGCAUAAAUUUUACUCAUAAGAACUAUUAUGUAAAUCAGAAAAAUAAGUAGAGCACUACAGUCUCGAAAGUCAUCAUUACGCUCAUCAACUUCAGUGAAAUAGUAUUGGUAUUCUUUUGCAUUUUUUUAUCUUCUCUUCCUCACACUGAUUACAAAGAGUGGGAUUUAAUCAAAAAAAGGAUUUCAGAGUCGGUUGGUUUAUCAUGCAGUAUGACCCUCCUCAAGAUCCAAAUGUAUUCAUACAUAGAGUUGGCCGAACUGCACGUCUAGGGAAGCAAGGUAGUGCCAUCGUCUUUCUCCUUCCAAAGGUUUGUUCUUAUCCUUUUAUAUGAUGAACAAUUAUUUGGUAAAUAAGAACACUUGUCGUUUGGCAUUUAUUUUUCAAUUCAUUUCAACAUCUAUGAACCCAUCUGAUCGCUCCAGGAGGAUGCUUAUGUGGAUUUCUUACGACUAAGAAGAGUUCCACUUCAGGAGAGGAAGAUCUCGGAUGAUGCAGUGGAUAUUGUUCCUCAGGCAAGUAUCCGUGUAUCCCUUUCCGAUUUUCAACCAAGAAUUUUAGAGUUCAGAAAAAGUGUGCGUUGCCUAUUUAAAUUAAUAGUUGAGAGAUAGAAAUGAGAAAAUAAAAACCAAAUCUUAUCCAUAACAAACUGCUUUCUUCAAAUUUCAUCAGAUAGUUGCUAUUCUCAUAUUGUCGGUGACUAGUGCAAUCUUGAUUGUUGCUAGUGUUGUUUUGAAAAAUACUUGCGUGGAUGACUGUAUUGACUAUCUACGUAAUUAGUAGUGGUUUACGUUAAAGAUCGUCUGUCAACACCUACCAAUCCAACUAUGAGAGGAGUCUCAUUCUGUCUCACUAAUGCCCAGGAUCCCUAAAUGACAGCUUUUGGAUCAUUCUGCCCGCACCGCUCUUUCAGAAAACUAGGGGUAUUUUACUGUUCCGUCCCCUCUGUUUGUAGAUUUAGAUGGUAUAUUCAUGAGUAGGUUAAUGUCAUUGCCACCAAGCCAUUUGAUGCAUUGAACUGAUGCUUGAGACAUUCUCCUGAAGCAAGCAACCCAAAAAUACUAUACACCUCUCUCUCUCUCUCUCUCUCUCUCUCUCUCUCUCUCUCUCUCUCUCUCUCUCUCUCUCUCUCUCUCUCUCGCUCUCUCUAAAUGGCCCCAUCCAUUUUUACCUUAAUAUUUGACUCACUCCAUUACUUUUCAUUUUACACCCACCACCAUUCAUGUUUUUGACUUGCACCAGACUUAGCUUCAACUCAGCUAGGGCAGCAUAUCUCCAUAGAUAGUAGGUUCGAGCUAUCAGGAGACUAUGCCAUUGUUGGAACAGCUUUCCUGCAUCAGUUGGUAGCAGUCAUGAGUUUUUCCUCAAUUUUUCUAACCAGAAACUUUGAAGUCCCUACGACUCUGCCUCCCUGAUGUCAAACUCUCUUGACAAUUUUGUCCCUACUUAAGUAGGGACAAAAUCCUGAAAGCUCCUACUGGGUCUUAAAAGAACAUUGGUGGAAAAUGACGGUUUAAUUGCCAAGAUGUGUGAUUUAUGCAUACUUCCGAGCCCCAUUUUCCCCCCCUGGUGAAUCGGGCUUCAUUGCCAUCACACAUUACAUCGAGAGAAUUAUGGGUGGGCUGCUCUCUAGAAUCCGGUGUUGAUCUCUCGCCUGUCUAUUCUUGCCGGCGGCUGCUAAAUCUCUCUUCUUCUUCCUCAUAUCAUAUCAUCGUUACUGAUUUCCCCCUUAAAAUCUUCCUUCUUUAAUUUAACCUUGCUAGGUCCGUUCCGCCGCUAAAGAGGACCGCGACGUCAUGGAGAAGGGCCUCAAGGCGUUUGUUUCGUUUAUACGCGCGUACAAGGAGCACCACUGCUCCUAUAUAUUCAGGUUCUUUCUGCCCCCGCCCACUUCUCUUUUUUCAAGUAUUUAUUAGUACCCGUCUGCUUCAGAUGGAAGGACCUAGACAUUGGGAAGUUGGCCAUGGGAUAUGGCCUCCUGCAGCUCCCCUCGAUGCCCGACGUCAAACUUCAUUCUCUCUCCAUCGAUGGCUUCACUGCUGCGGAAGACGUUGACGUGAAGGCUAUCAAGUACAAGUAAGCGCCGCCCUUCCUCUUUCCCUCAAUCUAUGACGGCACGCAGCUAAGCUGUUGGUCAACUAUUUGUUUUUUUUUUUCCUUUACUUAGAGAUAAAGCUCGCGAGAAGCAGAGGCAGAAGAAUCUGAGAAAGAGGGAAGCGGCGGCGGCGGCGGCGGCCGGAGAGGACCACCCGACCCAGCAGAAAACAAAUCCAGCCACCGGGAAAGCCGGUAAGAUGGCGAGGAAGUCAACGGGCAGGCAGCGGAAGGCCGCCCAGACGAAGGAAGAUGCGGAGGAGCUAGACCACGAGUACCGACUGCUGAAGAAGCUGAAGCGAGGCAUCAUCGAUGAAAGCGAGUACGAGAAGCUCACGGGCUUCGGAGGCUUCUCUGAUGGAGAUGCCUCCUCCACCGAGGACGAGAGGAAUAACAACCCCAAGGUCAAGCAGGGAAGUAAAAAAUCUACCGGCGGGAGGAAGAACCUCAGGAGGAACAAGGUGAAAUCGAGGGCCAAUGUCGGCCAAAGGAGGAACUGA